UGCCCCCCACAUCCCUCCGUCUCCCUUCGUCGGAUGCAGUCAUGGAGAGCACCUCGCAGAUAAAAGUCUAGCACAAGCGACAUAGCUUUUAUGUGAUUUUAAUACGAUGGAUGGGUGCGUGCUAUGAGUUUUAAAACCGCCUCCGUCUGUCCCCAUUUGCACCCCCCACCAAACACCCUAUGCCUCCCUCUCUCUCUUCUUCCUCUUCCUCUUCCUCUUCUAGUAUUGUACAAAGCUUCUUCUUGUACGGUCGGAGGACGUGAGCGAGUGCGUGCUCUGGAUCAAGGAUCGAGAAGACAAUUGGUAGAGAAAACUAUAUUGCUUCUUCUCGGAUUGUGAUGAACGGGAGCUGCAGCAACGAGCUCGACGCAUGCGAGACCGAGGAGGUCGAGAUCGCAUCCGAGAUCAAUGAUGCGAGGCCGGGAUCGCCUGGAUCAGGCGAUGACUCGAAGCCCGUACACUCUUUGGGUGCCUCCACUUCAUCUCCCUAUCCCAAGAGAAGCCGGCGAGGAGUGCAGAAGCGGGUGGUGACGGUACCGAUCAGCGACUCGAAGGGCGCCGGCGAGGGGGCUCCGCCACCUGAUUCGUGGACCUGGAGGAAGUACGGCCAGAAGCCCAUAAAAGGCUCGCCUUUUCCCAGGGGCUACUACAGGUGCAGCAGCUCCAAGGGGUGCCCGGCGAGGAAGCAGGUGGAACGAAGCCGCGUCGACCCAACCGUUAUCGUGGUUACCUACGCCUUCGACCACAACCACACCUCGCCGCUCCCCAAAAACCACCACCACAAGCACGCGGCAGCCGCCGCGCAGCCCGUCGAGGAGCAGCCGCUCACGCCACAGCUGAACCAGUCCGGCACGCCGGACUCCGCGGAGCGCGACGAGAAGUUCUCCGACCUGAUCACCGAGGAGGAGUCGGCGUUCACGGUCCACGCCGGCGGCUGCUUCCCAUGGUUCGCCGACGUCUGCUCGGUGCACCCGACCUCCCCCUCUGCGGCGGACUCCGACGAGUUGCUCUACGGCUCGGUCCUCUUUGCCGGUGCCGCCACUGGCGCAGCGCUGCCCGAGGAACUGGAGGAGGCCGCAGGGGGCGGCGGCGGGGGUGACGACGACUCUCUGUUCGCGGGGCUCGGGGAGCUGCCGGAGUACACGGUGGUGCUCCGCUGGGGGCUAGCAUCGGCAUCGUGGGUGGGGACCGCUGGGUGACCACUUUGCCGUCGAUUCGAUCGAGGGGAAUAGCCGGCAUUGACGUAUAUAAAUUGUCUUCUUCCUGAUUUCUUUUCCUUUUUUUCUUUAGGUUCUUUAUUUUUACCUUCA